AUGCGCCGCCAUCUUAGAUGGCGGGAGUUAGAACCGAGCGAGCUUGAGGCGGGAAGACUUCUCUGCCGCUCUCCGCGGGCCCUCGGACGGGCCAGCUGGCCGGGCUUUGGGGCGCGUGCCCUGAGGCGCGGGGCGCUAGUGCAGCGAUGCGGGGCCUGCCCGGGGCCCCGUCUCCCGGACUGGGGACGCGCCGAAUGUGACCGCAUCCCGUUCGUUCAACCAUCGCCGCCGCUGCACGACGGGACCUGGCGUGGCCCGGCUCCCUCAGGUUUAAGUAUUUUUUAAACUGCAUCAAUGGAGCACAUACAGGGAGCUUGGAAGACGAUCAGCAAUGGUUUUGGACUCAAAGAUGCGGUGUUUGAUGGCUCCAGCUGCAUCUCCCCUACAAUUGUUCAGCAGUUUGGCUAUCAGCGCCAGGCCUCAGAUGAUGGCAAACUCACGGAUUCUUCUAAGACAAGCAACACUAUCCAAGUUUUCUUGCCGAAUAAGCAGAGGACGGUGGUCAAUGUGCCCAAUGGAAUGAGCUUGCACGACUGCCUUAUGAAAGAUCUCAAAGUGAGAGGCCUGCAGCCGGAGUGUUGUGCAGUGUUCAGACUUCUUCAGGAACACAAAGGUAAGAAAGCACGCUUAGAUUGGAACACCGAUGCCGCCUCUCUGAUUGGAGAAGAACUGCAAGUGGAUUUCUUGGAUCAUGUUCCACGCACAACUCACAACUUUGCACGGAAAACGUUCCUAAAGCUUGCAUUCUGUGACAUCUGUCAAAAGUUCCUGCUAAACGCAUUUCGAUGUCAGACUUGUGGCUACAAGUUUCAUGAGCACUGUAGCACCAAAGUACCUACUAUGUGUGUGGACUGGAGUAAUAUCAGACAGCUUUUGCUGUUCCCAAAUUCCACUGUUGGUGAUAGUGGAGUACCAGCAUUACCUUCUUUGACAAUGCGUCGGAUGCGAGAGUCUGUUUCCCGGAUGCCUGCUAGUUCCCAGCACAGAUACUCCACACCUCAUGCCUUUACUUUCAACACCUCCAGCCCUUCCUCUGAAGGUUCCCUCUCCCAGAGGCAGAGGUCAACGUCCACUCCCAAUGUCCACAUGGUCAGCACCACCUUGCCUGUGGACAGCAGGAUGAUUGAGGAUGCAAUUCGAAGUCACAGUGAAUCAGCCUCACCUUCAGCCCUGUCCAGCAGCCCCAACAACCUGAGCCCAACAGGCUGGUCACAGCCCAAAACCCCUGUACCAGCACAAAGAGAACGGGCACCAGGAUCUGGGACCCAGGAAAAAAACAAAAUUAGGCCUCGUGGACAGAGAGAUUCCAGCUAUUACUGGGAAAUAGAAGCCAGUGAGGUGAUGCUGUCCACUCGGAUUGGGUCGGGCUCCUUUGGCACUGUGUACAAGGGCAAGUGGCACGGAGAUGUUGCAGUAAAGAUCCUAAAGGUUGUUGAUCCAACCCCAGAGCAGCUCCAGGCCUUCAGGAACGAGGUGGCUGUCUUGCGCAAAACACGGCAUGUUAAUAUCCUGCUGUUCAUGGGGUACAUGACAAAGGACAACCUGGCCAUUGUGACCCAGUGGUGUGAAGGCAGCAGUCUCUAUAAACAUCUGCAUGUCCAGGAGACCAAAUUCCAGAUGUUCCAGCUAAUUGACAUUGCCCGACAGACAGCUCAGGGAAUGGACUAUUUGCAUGCAAAGAACAUUAUCCACAGAGACAUGAAAUCCAACAAUAUAUUUCUCCAUGAAGGCCUCACGGUGAAAAUUGGAGAUUUUGGUUUGGCAACAGUGAAGUCACGCUGGAGUGGUUCGUAACAGGUUGAACAGCCCACUGGCUCUGUACUGUGGAUGGCUCCAGAGGUAAUCCGAAUGCAGGAUAACAACCCGUUCAGCUUCCAGUCUGACGUCUACUCCUACGGCAUUGUGCUGUAUGAGCUGAUGACCGGGGAGCUUCCCUACUCGCACAUCAACAACCGAGAUCAGAUCAUCUUCAUGGUGGGCCGUGGAUACGCGUCCCCAGAUCUUAGCAGGCUCUACAAGAACUGUCCCAAGGCAAUGAAGAGGUUGGUGGCCGACUGUGUGAAGAAAGUAGAGAGACCUCUGUUUCCCUAGAUCCUAUCUUCCAUUGAGCUGCUUCAGCACUCUCUGCCGAAAAUCAACAGGAGCGCCUCUGAGCCCUCUCUGCAUCGGGCGGCUCACAAGGAGGACAUCAAUGCUUGCACGCUGACCACAUCGCCGAGGCUGCCGGUCUUCUAGAUGAUGUAGCUGUCC